UGCUACCACAUCAACCAUCACAACCUCAGCCCAGUAUCUGUUGUUCUGGCACUCGACUACUUUUUUCUUUCCUCCCCAAAACAAACCUUCUCGAAGUCUUCCUCCAGCCUUCAAACUGCAUCUGGGAGCUUUCUUCCUAGCUGCAUCUACCCAUCGACGUGUUUCACUGCUACGCAUUUUGGAUCUGGCACCACUUUCGGCUGGACGCGCUACAACAACAUCUCGUGUUUACCGCACUCCUCACCACUCUGCACCACGAUCGAGAGCAUAGCUAGAGCCUCACGGUCCCACGGCCUCCCUGUUCGACAAUCAACUUGACAUACACGCAAUUUCUCGAGGUUCAAAUCUCCAACACUCGCGUCUCAGAGAAGCUCGUCUCGAACUCCACGACUUGAACUUCUUCUCUUGCUACCAAUCCAUAAUACUUUCUCGUCCUCUACCUCUCCAUACUUGCUCUCUUGAACCGCCAUAACGGCGUCGUCUAUUCAAGAUGCCUGUCUCUCGCACUCGACAGGGUGUAGUUAACAAUGAAAAUGACGAGAACAACGCUCUUCACUCGACACGAUUAACGCGUGCCAAAGCCGCUGGCCUUUCCAACGCCGACACAACCUCACUAGCCAAGAAAGCAACCGCGACAAAGAAGACCACAACAACUACCAAUGGCACUCACAGACGCCGUGCGUUGGGCGAUGUGACCAACGCUGCCAAGGGUGUCGAGGUGGUUCUGGAAGGGAAAAAGGCUACUGCAGGAAAAGCUGGACUUCCAUCAAAGGUUGCUCAACCUACCACGGGUGGUGUGCAAAAGUUGUCGCGAACAAACUCAUCAAGAGCUGCUCUGGGCGUCAAAGACAACAAUGCCAAAUCAAAGACUGCCUCAGAUUCCAAGAAGCCCGGCAGUGGCUCAGGUGUGAUGGGUGCUAAGAGACGGACACAAACAUCGACCUCAACAAUCCCCUCAUCCAAAGACGCCACACCUGAUGUCGAAGAGCCGCCGCGAAAGAAGUCCUGCAUAGAAGAGGCUGUCGAAGACCCUCAGCAGAGUGAGGAGAGUUACGACAUCGUUGCCGACCUAGACGCAGAAGACCUUGACGACCCAUCUAUGUGCGCCGAAUAUGUUCGGGAAAUCUUCAACUAUUAUCGUGCCCUGGAAGAUGUUACACAACCCAACCCUCAUUACAUGGACCAUCAGGACGAUCUUGAAUGGAAGAUGAGAGGCAUCCUCGUCGACUGGCUCAUCGAGGUGCACACUCGCUUCAGGUUGUUGCCGGAAUCCCUCUUUCUCGCUGUCAACAUCGUCGAUAGAUUUUUGUCGCAGAAGGUCGUUCCUCUAGACAAGCUGCAAUUGGUUGGCAUCACUGCCAUGUUCAUCGCGUCCAAGUACGAAGAGGUUCUCUCGCCACAUGUGGGCAACUUUGUUCAUGUCGCCGACGAUGGCUUUACUGUCGAGGAAGUGCUCAGUGCUGAACGGUAUACGCUGUCGACGCUGAAGUACGACCUAAGCUAUCCCAACCCGAUGAACUUCCUACGCCGAAUCUCGAAGGCAGACAACUACGACAUCCAGGCUCGUACUCUAGGAAAAUACUUCAUGGAAAUCAGCCUCGUCGACCAUCGUUUCUUGGAGUACAAACAGAGUCAUGUCGCAGCGGCGGCUAUGUACCUUGCUCGCAUGAUCUUGGAACGUGGCGGAUGGGACGCUACUCUCACCAAGUUCGCCGGGUAUUCUGAAGAUGAGAUCCUACCCGUGUUCGACCUGAUGGUUGAAUACCUCCAGGCACCUGUCGCUCAUGAAGCAUUAUUCAAGAAAUAUGCAAGCAAAAAGUUCCUCAAGGCUUCGAUAAUGUCCAGAAAGUGGGCCAAGGACUAUGGUGCAAGCCGUUUGAAUGGCGGUAUUUCUGCUACAAAGGCUGCCUUUUAGAGGUGACCUUGACAGUCCGACAUGAGAACACGACUACCCAAUCGACGACUGGGAAUUCUUGGGACCAAGUCCAGGACCAUCUUUGACAUGUACGACUACAUCAACCUUUCCCACAAAAAGGUCACCCUCCAUGUCUGCACCAUUCUUUUCUUCUCACGAUCAAAAUGAUAUCCCACAUAGAAUUGCAUCAGCAUCAUUAGCACCGUAUCAAUAUUGCUGCCAUCGACAACAGUGACACAGUGUGGCACUUUGACAUCAGUUCACCAAUUUGUGGCUUCGACUACCAGUUCAAGCACUACGCACAGGCCUGGAUCUUCCUCAUUGUUAAUGGCAGGCUACAUUGCACCAGGGUUCUGUUUAGCACAUACUGCGUCGGCGUUUGGAAAACUGGAAAGGGCUGCGGCUCAUUUCGUCCUUGCAAGCAAAUGAAUGUUUUUAUGGUUAUGGCGAACGACGGCGUCAUCACGACUGGGGAAUGCAGGAAUUUGUCUGAACAAAUGGUCUUGUUUUUUUUUGUUUGUUUGACUUGAAACUUGAAAAUGCUCAACAGCGGAGAAAGAACCGGCUCAGGCGCAAAGGGAGGGAAACAUUGCAUAUGCUUGUUGAAAUGGAAAAUGGAAGGGAAGCCCAAGUUUGAAGAUUGAGCUCAUUGGAUUCAAAGAGCAAUGGUAUCAGUGUGUGUUGCACAUGGGAUUGUCAGAGUGCAUUCUUGAUUACCAUGCAUGACUUUUUUCUUUUGCUCUCAUUGCAGUAUCUGCAGCUCAACAACAAAGCUUUCCUUCUUUAAAGAAA